GAUUAUGAAUCCAUUUUGCUACAGUCGUAAAUUGACGUCUCUGGAGAAAAAAUGAAGCUGUUCCUAAUUUUAACAUUUUUAUGUGCUUCAAUAUUCAACCAGUUUGUGUUGAUCAACUGUCAAGGGGGUAAUAGUGGGUCCUACACAUCACUUCUACAGCAAUUGAACAUUAAAGCCGGAAGAAGUAAUUUGGCAAGGAAGCUUCAACCAUUUUUCACUCUCGAAAGGGGAGGCGUCGCAAAGAUUCUAGAAGGAACUGAACUGACUAUUGAUUCAUGGGUAACAUUCUUCACAAAAAACAUAACUUUCUCCUAUAUUCAUGCAGAUGAAAUGUGUAGGAAGAGAGUUAGUUCCGAAGUCAAUGAUAAUCUUUGCGAAAGAUUAUGCAAUGUGCUUAAUGCUUAUAAGGAAGAUGUCAUGAAUAUUGGCAAAGUCUAUCAUGAUAUCUUCUUAGUGUACUUAUUCGAACCAACUGCCGAUGAAAUAAAAGGAUUCAAUUCAGCUCUCGUUGAAUUCAAGAAAAAAAGAUUUGAACGCGAGUCAGAGAUUAAUGGUGAAUUAGAAAAUAUGCAAACUACAUACCAUCAAUUGGUGAAUGAAGUCAAUGCCAAAAUUGAUCAAUCAGUUACCCUGAAUAAUCAAUACAAUGCACAAGUAACAUCAUUCAAAAAUGAAUUGAAAACCCUUUUUUUGCAAACGAAGAAAAUUGAUGGAAGAAAGUUAUAUGAGUCUGCGCAAUUGGAUGCACUAAACACUGCUCUGACUGCACUACGAGAAAAACAACUAGAAUUAGCAACAUGUCUUCAAAAUCUACUCUCAGCUAUUCAAGCUUAUAAUGAUCAACGCAUCAAAUGGGCUGGUUUUUUGAUGAAUACAAGUCUUCCACCAAGGCCUCAAAACAAACUUGGAGUUAUGGGACAUUAAAAAAACAGUCUAAAAUUAUGAAUUGAAUAUCAAAAUAAAAAAAUAUAUGAUUAAAUCAUCAAAA